AUGGGGAAGGUCGAGUUCAUCUUUGCUUCUGUCCUUCUUGUCUUUGUUUUGUCUCAUGCAAUUUACUUUAUCGAGGCAAGGCAUUUAACUGAAGUUGAAUCAAGAAAAGUUGGUGAAAACACCAAUACCUUGGGUGGUGACCAUACAAGUAAAAAGAUGGCACAAGUAGCAAACCAGUUUAAGCCAACAGCCUUUGUUCAUAUCCAAGGCAUUGAAGCUGUAAACCCUGCAGUUCCAUUAGAAGAUUCACCAUCACCUUCACCAGCUCAUAUAGAACACUUCCGGCCAACGGAAUCCGGUAACAGUCCAGGCGUUGGGCAUUCCAUUCACAACUAG